CAGAGGGCAAAUGGAAAAAAUGUAAGGCAAAAAAGCUUUGCAAGCUCAAACAGUGACGCGAUGAGGAUGAGAGACCAGUUUCUCUAAACAUGUAGAAAUAAACUUGAACCCCGCGCUUGAAGAUGAGGCCGAAAUGCGCGUUUGAUGAGAAGGCUCGCCAUUUUUGGGUUCCCCACCCGCGUCAUCUGCGACGUCCGACGUCGAGGAGCGUCGGGACGACACUCGACGCGCGUCUCUCUUGUCGCUCGGGUUAGCGGACUUUUUAUUUUCGUAAGUGAAGUCGACAAAAAACAGACGCCACCAUGGACGCGAUCAAGAAGAAGAUGCAAGCGAUGAAGCUUGAGAAGGAUAAUGCGCAGGAUAAAGCCGACACCUGCGAGGGACAGGCGAAAGAGGCAAAUAUGAGGGCGGACAAAGUCCUCGAGGAAGUUGCCGAUUUACAAAAAAAAUUAACCCAAGUGGAAGCUGACCUUGUUGCUAAUAAACAAAAUCUCGAACAGGCCAACAAGGAUCUUGAGGAACGCGAAAAAUCCCUCACAAAUGCUGAAUCCGAAGUGGCGGCUCUCAACAGGAAAGUUCAAUUGAUUGAAGAAGAUUUGGAAAGAUCUGAGGAACGUCUCAACACUGCAUCUGCCAAACUUACCGAAGCAUCUCAAGCUGCUGACGAAUCCAGCCGUAUGUGCAAAGUAUUGGAAAACCGUGCUCAACAAGAUGAGGAGAGGAUGGACCAAUUGACGAAUCAAUUGAAGGAAGCACGUCUUCUCGCUGAAGACGCUGACGGAAAAUCUGACGAAGUCGCUCGUAAAUUGGCCUUCGUUGAAGAUGAACUCGAAGUCGCGGAGGACCGUGUCAAAUCUGGAGAGGCUAAAAUCAUGGAGCUCGAGGAGGAACUCAAAGUUGUCGGAAACAGUUUGAAAUCUUUGGAAGUUUCUGAAGAGAAGGCCAACCAAAGAGUUGAAGAAUUCAAAAGACAAUUAAAAACAUUGACUGUCAAACUAAAGGAGGCUGAGGCACGUGCUGAAUUCGCUGAGAAAACAGUCAAGAAACUCCAGAAGGAAGUUGACAGGCUCGAAGAUGAGCUUGGAAUCAACAAGGACAGAUACAAGUCCCUGGCUGAUGAAAUGGAUUCAACAUUCGCUGAAUUGGCUGGAUACUAGUCAAUUAUUUUUCUCGAUGAAAAAAAAAAUACAAAAUUUCAUCUUUUUAAAAAAAAAGUGUUCGCACCAACUACUUAAUGAACAUAAAUGAAAAUAAAAAAAAAAUAACGAAGUCCCACAUGAGACGUGAACAUUACGACUCGAGCUUCUUGAUAAACCAAAAUCAAAACACCGAUCGAGUAAAUUUUAACGAAGAAAAAACACAAAACAAAAAACACUUAUUCACUACUACUAUUCAUAUCCAGUUUACAUUGCGAAUUUAUUACCGGAAAUAGAUUUUUCUGUUAUAAGAUAUUUAAUAAUAAUAUAAAUCUAAUUAUAACGUGAUGUACGAAAUGUUAUGCUACGAAAUUUAAUAAAUGGCUGUAACUGUUUUAAAAUGA